ACAGUUCUUCUGGAAAGCUCCUUUCGAUUUACUGUGUGAUGAAACGGAAUAUUAAGACUAGAAGUAGAAAACGAAGACAGUCGAGGAUGAUAACAACUCACAGAGUACUCUGUUGACUCUGAAUUUCAGUUUCUUUUGUAGCGUUGACGCUAUCAUUUUCGUGCUUCGAAGGCGAGGUGAAGAAGGCCUUUAUGUGAAUAUCGGCGAUGAUCUGUUGGGGUUUCUUUAGCUAUGUUUGAUUGGAACGAACAGGAGCUUGCAAAUAUAGUAUGGGAUGAGGCUGGAGACUCUGAUGAUCAUAUUGUGCCUUAUCCUGGGGGAUGUCUGAAGAAGCCUCCAGGUUUAUAUCCAGAUCACACAGAAAACGAAUGUAAUCAAGAAUCUGCAAAUGCUAAGCCAGCUGAGCUGAGGAAAAAUGUUACUAAAAGUGAUCACCUUGGUGGUAAACAAGAGACCUCUUCACAGUACGACACUGGUGGAACUUGUGCUGGUGGACAUAGCAAUGAUUCACGGUCUAAUUUAUCGCAAACUGCCAAAACAGAUCAGGCUCCAAUAGGAAAUCAAGUAUCUACCAAGUUAAAUGAAAUUGCCAAAAUUCAUUCUUUGAGGGAUGAUGAGAGAUCUCAACUAGAUAAUUGUUCCGAGAUUUUCCAGAACCAUCAUGAUGAUAAGGAGCCAAGUAAUUUUGAUGACUAUGCCUGGGCUAAUAUUGGAAGCUUUGAGGAUCUUGAUAGGAUUUUCAGCAAUGAUGACCCAAUAUUUGGACAUGCAAGUCUUGAGAAUACAGAUCAGCUAUGGUCAUCUUCGAAAGAUAUAACUAGUUCUCCAGAAAAAUCUUUUUCAUUAUCUGUGGACUCUCCAAGUUCAGAUUUGGGAGCUUUUGGGAGUAUGCAUGAACAUUUUAAAGUUAAAACAGAAUGUAUGCAAGAUGAAGACCAGUCUUUCACUCAUAGUUGUCUAAGAAUGAGCCAUCUGACUUCACAUCCUGUACAGAAUGUACAUCCAUAUGCUGAUCAGGUGGACAAUGCUGGGCUUAGAAGUAAGCCUAUUGAAAAGGAGAAGAUCAGCUUGGAAAUGCCUGCAGAUUGCCUGAUGGUCAACUCUCACUUUAUUACUGAAAAUAUCCCAAGUCUGAGUGAAGUUACAGAUAAGGUGAAUAAUCAGGAAAAGAUCUUAAAAACCUGGGUAAAAUCAGAAGAAGGAUGUGAAGGACAACAGUUGCAGGUUUCAAGUGGCACUGGGUCUCCAUGUGGAAGCCACUUACAGCAAUAUGGCCAAAUUACAUCUUCUGUCCUUAGUCACCAAAUGCAGCUCCAGAGACCAGCUUCCUCACUGUAUCAGUAUUCCCGCAACUUAUUGAUGUCCCCUUCUGGGUAUGGAAGCGUCCAAAAUCAACAUUCUACCAUGGCCACUUCACCACAAAUGCAAAGUGGAGAAGAUAAUCAGUCAGUGCUUUCUGGUUAUGAAGUUUCUAUGAGUUCACCUGAUUCCUUAAGCAGAUCCCCUGGCUCUUCCAUAGAGCCUCUCAGAAUGACUCCUCAAGAAAAAAUUGAAAAAUUGAGGAGGCGACAGCAAACGCGGGCACUGCUUGCUAUUCAGAAACAGCACCAGCAGUUUAGUCAUAACAUCUCUAGUAAAGAUCAUUUUGUUGUCCAGAAUAGUCCUCAUGAAAAUGAUAUUCAGCUAAUCAAGGGAGGGAAUGUUGAUGAAAAUGCUAGUUCCCCACCUUCCUUUGAUCCAAACUCACCCAUUGAACAUGAUGACUCCAACAGAAUUUCCAUGACAGUUGAUGAUGGUUGCUCAAUUAAAGAUGCAAUUCUUCACCACCUUCAACAUAUUAUUGCGAAAUUGGACAUCCAAAUAAGACUUUGCAUACGUGAUAGCUUGUUUCGAUUGGCUCAGAGCUCAAUGCAAAGGCAGCAUCCCAGUGACACAAGCAGUACAAACACAAAUCUCCGAGCUGAACAUGAAUUCGUCACCAAAAAGGAAACAGCAAGUCAUAACAGAUCCCUAAGUCUUUCAACUGAGGAUGAAUAUCCUUCUCCAAAUUUAUCCAUGGGUCUACAGCAACACAGGUUUACUGGAAUGGCUGAUGGGGAGACAAAGACCAACUCAAUAGACCGAACUGUGGCCCAUCUGCUAUUUCACAGACCUCUGGAAUUUUCAGGAAAUUAUCCUGAGACACUAGAAUCGCCAGCAUCAGUUAAUCUCCAAUACAAAAGAAACACUACGGGUUUACUUAGCUCGCCAAGAGGGCUCUUCCCUGACAAUUAUGAAUGCAAGCAAGAACAAGACGACCUGUUUUGCGAUGGAUCAAAAGAUCCCCAGUUGUUUGCCGAAGGAAGUCAAUCCAAAAACAGCCCCUGCAUAGAAAACUCUGAGAUUACAUCAACUAAUGAAGCAGCAGACAGAGGGGGAGGGGGUCUUGAGAUUGAAACAUCCCAAUGAUUGAAUUAUCUAAUAAGAGGGUAAUUCCUUCCGUUCUCUCUCCCAUGAUUUUGAUAUUUACAUUUAUACAGAUUCUACGGAUCCCCACUGGUAAUGAGGUGUUUUUCAUGGUCAGCCGACUGGAUAAUCUUCUUCCAAUAUUGCUCAAGAUCGCUUAAAGAUCAUACCCAGAAGGGAGUCUUUAUCCAAGAAGCAAUGUAUCUAUAUUUCCUUUUGCAAGAUCCCUAAAAGCCUGACUGUCGUUGUCCGAUGCAUUUAAUCCUAUACUCUAUGCCCCUGUGAGAGGUGAUGCCUCUUCAGUUACCGUUUCUUUGUGUGACAUUCCAGUGUUUGUUUUGUGUGUUUCCAUGAGCAUAGAAAUAUACAUACAUGUGAUCUUUACUUUUCAAUUAACGGGGGUAUGCGUAUUAUGAGAACAUGGUUUUCCCACUAGGUUAUGUUGAUUAGUCCUCUUUGAGUUUGCCGUUUUGAUUCUUCUCUUGGUUGUGAUAUUUUCGGUCACCAAUUGUGAAUAUGAACCGUUGACCAUAGUGUCAGAGAAGUCUCCAAAUGUACUUCAAUCACUGGAUUUGUGGGCUUCGGCAUAUCUAUUCACUUUGAAUUUCAAGCAAAAUGCGACAAUAUUUCACAGUUUUGAUGGAAACUAGGCAAGUGUUGUCAUCCA